AUGACAACCAUAGACUUGCUUGUGUUGUUACUAUGUUGCAGCAAAAUCACUGAGAACGCAAAAAAAGCCUUGGCCUCGCUGAAGAGAGAAAACCCUCGGCUUGAGCCAACACUAGCUAUUAUUCAGGCACAUAAUGAUCAUUUGAGUCAAGAAGUAAACAAGAACUUUGCUGAAGAGGUUGGUCUACGUGUUAUUCACAUCUGUCUCCCUGAAGGCAGCAGCAAAGAUGAGAUUGUCAAGGAGAUCUUGAGACUUAAUGAGGAUCCUAAUGUGCAAGGCCUUGCCCUUGACCUCCCAGAAAGUGCAUAUAGCAGCAAGGUAUUAAAUGCUGUGAAACCGGAGAAGGAUGUGGAUGGAUUAUCUGAUGCAAACCUAGGAUGCUUGAUACGUGGGGAUGCCUAUGACUGUUUAGUUUCUCCUACUGCCUGUGCUGUGAUGGAGGUUCUUGAAAAUUUAGACGGAAAGAAAGUGCUACUUGUGGGAGCCAGCGGAGCCCUGGGAGCCUCCUUGCAAUGUAUGCUGCAGCGGAGAGGUGCGAUGACUAUGAGCUGCCAGUGGAAAAGUCCUCAGCUCCAGAACAAGCUUCAUCAUGCAGAUGUGGUGAUAGUCAGCAGUACAAAACCUGAAGAUACUCCAGUCAGCUGGAUAAAACCUGGAACCGUUAUUGUCAAUUGUUCUCGUGACUUUCAAUCAGAGAAACACCACUGUGGUCAGCAAAACAACCAUCCUGUUGAAAGUGAUGUUUGUUCUCUUGCGAUAGCAAUGCGAAUGCAGAACAUGGUAAAAACCACAGAGAGAUGGAUCCAAUCCCAGCAAUACAGGAAGUGGGACCUCCGCUGCUUGAAACUUCAGCCCCUCUCUCCAGUGCCCAGUGAUAUUGAGAUUUCCCGAGCUCAGAGUCCAAAAGCUGUUGAUGUACUUGCCAAGGAGAUAGGAUUGCUUACAGAUGAAAUUGAAAUCUAUGGCCAAACCAAAGCCAAAGUACGUUUGUCCCUGUUGGAAAGGUUAAAGGAUCAACCAGAUGGAAAAUAUGUUCUAGUUGCUGGAAUAACUCCUACACCUCUAGGAGAGGGGAAAAGCACAGUUACAGUUGGUCUUGUCCAGGCUCUUACAGCACACCUUAACAUUAAUUCCUUCGCCUGUCUGAGACAACCUUCCCAAGGACCUACUUUUGGAGUUAAAGGUGGAGCAGCAGGAGGUGGAUACGCUCAAGUGAUUCCCAUGGAGGAGUUCAAUCUUCAUUUGACUGGAGAUAUUCAUGCUAUAACUGCUGCAAAUAAUUUGCUGGCUGCUGCCAUUGAUGCUAGGAUCUUGCAUGAAAAUACUCAAUCUGAUAAGGCUUUGUAUAAUAGACUGGUUCCAGUAGUUAAUGGUGUGAGAGGAUUUUCUGCUAUUCAGCUUGCCCGUCUGAGAAGGCUGGGAAUAAACAAGACCGAUCCUGGUACUUUAACAGAAGAGGAGAUCAAUAAAUUUGUGCGCCUUGAUAUUGACCCAUCUACCAUAACAUGGCAAAGAGUGGUGGAUACAAAUGACAGAUUCCUACGAAAAAUAACAAUUGGUCAGGCAAAUACAGAGAAAGGAUUUGUCCGUCAGGCUCAGUUUGAUAUUGCUGUUGCAAGUGAAAUUAUGGCCAUCCUGGCACUUACCACCAGCCUGGCAGAUAUGAAGGAGAGGCUGGGAAAAAUAGUGGUGGCUAAUGACAAAAAAGGACAACCAGUAACAGCAGAGGAUUUGGGAGUAACAGGUGCUUUGGCAGUUUUGAUGAAAGACGCAAUUAAGCCAACGCUAAUGCAAACAUUAGAGGGAACACCAGUAUUUGUUCACGCUGGACCUUUUGCUAAUAUUGCACAUGGGAAUUCUUCUGUUUUGGCAGAUAAAAUCGCCCUUAAGUUAGUCGGAGAAAAAGGAUUUGUUGUAACUGAAGCUGGCUUUGGUGCUGACAUUGGGAUGGAGAAAUUCUUCAACAUCAAAUGCAGGGCCUCUGGCUUGCUUCCCAGUGUGGUUGUGCUUGUUGCUACAGUGAGGGCUUUGAAGAUGCAUGGAGGUGGGCCAAAUGUAACUGCUGGUGCCCCUCUUAAGAAAGAAUACACAGAAGAGAACCUCCAGCUGGUAGCUGAUGGCUGCUGUAAUCUGCAGAAACAGAUUCAAAUUACUCAGCUGUUUGGAGUUCCUGUUGUGGUUGCUCUAAAUGUCUUCAAAACUGACUCUCCUGCUGAGGUUGAUUUGGUCUGUGAGAUUGCAAAGCGAUCCGGAGCAUUUGAUGCUGUACCCUGCAAUCACUGGUCGGCUGGUGGUAAAGGAGCAGUGAAAUUAGCUCAAGCUGUGGAAAAGGCAGCCAGUCAGAAAAACAGUUUCAAAUAUCUAUAUAACUUGGAGCUUCCUAUUGUUGAAAAAAUAAGGAUCAUUGCUCAGAAGGUGUAUGGAGCUCAGGAUAUAGAGUUGUCUCCUGCUGCGCAGUCACAAGUGGAUCGUUACACCCGGCAGGGAUUUGGAAAUCUUCCCAUUUGUAUGGCAAAAACUCACCUAUCCCUUUCUCAUCAGCCUGAGAGGAAGGGUGUUCCCACUGGUUUCAUUUUGCCGAUUAGCGAUGUGCGGGCCAGCAUUGGAGCUGGAUUCAUCUACCCUUUGGUAGGAACGAUGAGCACCAUGCCAGGACUGCCCACGAGGCCUUGCUUCUAUGACAUUGACCUUGACCCCAUCACCGAGCAAGUGAAAGGAUUGUUUUGAGAGUGAGCUCCAAAUUCAGGUGAGAUACACCGCCUGGUAACACAAGAGGAACAUUCCUGAAGCCAGGAUGCUACAGGACAGAUGUUUGAUCUGCUUCGUUCAGUAGUUUUUAACCACUCUUCUUGUAAAACUGGAGUGUGUUUUUAAGUGGGGGUGUUUAAGCAAGUUGAAUUUUAAACUAUGUGCUUUAAUCUACCACAGUGAUUUACAUUUUCCAGUAUAACUUUUCCUCAAUUUGUAGCAAAAGAAGCCUUAAGCACAGGAUACUGUAUUUAGCUUUUCAAGCUGCUCCUUCUCAGGAAACUGUCACUGACCAACUGCUGGUUCCUUCAAUAACAAAAAAUGCAACAGAACAAUAGGUUUAAUCAAGACAAUAGGCCAUUGUUUUUAUAGGUAAAAAGCAGUGAAAUAAUGAUGAGAGAGUUUAUUUUCCUGGUGACGUUUUCCAUCCUGUCGCUUUGCUCCGCUUACGCACAUCUGUAUGUUAUAGGCUUACACAAUGUAGUUUUGGUUCUCUUUUACACAGCCACAUUUGGAGACUCGAUUACAACAUGAUUCCUGGGACAACUGAGGGUUUUGUUUUGGUUUUUAAAAUCGUGCUUCAUUAUUUAUAAACUCAAAGCUAUAAUUAUGGACAGAAGAACAAACUGGGGACAGUUAAAAUAAUUACCUGUGCCUUCCCUAGAGCAGCACGGAAAUGCCUGUUGACCGCAUUUCAGAGCCGUUCUAUUCAUAGCUUCGUUCCCCAACACAGUAGGGAUUGCUGUGAAGAUAAACUUAAGUGUAAAAAAAAAUCAGAGCUACCUGAUGGUUCAGCCUGAUUAAGGUGAUAGUGCUCAUAAUGGCCUAAACUGCGGCUGUUUUAAUUACACUGAGGCGGGAAAAACUUAUGGUAGACAAAUUGAAAGCAAGAUAUAAGAAGUUAAGUACAGCUUUCUAAGAUUAAGGGGACAUGGACAGAGAUUUCUGAUGAUAGUUUCUGUUAAACUGUGCCCCAGAAUGUAACAGGGCCACCUAAAAGUUUGGAAGACAGUAAGUAAGUGUGGUCUCCAGCCAUAGUUUUCCUAGUACUGGUGGUGGUCAUUUUUUUUUUUUUAAGAGUUUUCCCUCCCAUCUUGCCUAGAGAAAUUAAGGAAACUGUAACCACUCUUUACUCACUCAUGGUCACUCUGGUUUGGCCACAGGUGCCUUGCAUUUGAUCUCCGUGCAGUAUGGGAUGCUAAACAUAUCUCUAGCUGCUGACCUGUGAUGCUUCCCUAAGGUACACGACUGUCUUCCUUUGAGCAACAGGUUUAAUAAGCCAUUUCAGACUGCCACUUGAUACCCACAUACAUACUUUCUAUAUUUUUGUCACCUUAUUGUCCCUUUAAGCCAUGCCUGCUUGAACUGCUUUUCUCACCCUUCAGUCUCUCCCUAAAGCACCAGUCUAGCUCAGGUUGUUCAGAGUUGACAAGCAUCAUGUAAUUUUUCUACAGUCACGUGCUCAGGAUUUGUGAUGCUGUUCUGAUAGAGUCAUUCUAACCUUCCUUGAAUUAUUACAGCUACCUUUUGUUUUGUUCUAGCUACCCCCGACCCCACCUAGUUAACGGACUGCAAAAUAUCUUGAGCUAUUAUAUUUCAGUUCAUUUUGCGUUUUAGUAGAAGAUUUGUUAGAGCUACUCCACACUGGCCUACAGCUACUGUCUCAUAAGCCAGAGGGACUCAGUUAGUAGCCAUCACCUGAGCUGCUGAAAUUCAUGCAGUAUGAUGUACCAUUAAGCUGCCUCUUGCUUCUAAGGUAAAAAUGCCUUCAUAAGAAAGGGUUAAAAAUUAAAACUCCUGCCUUUGCAUCUGCUUUGAGCAAUGUUGUGACACUGUAGAGCUGCAGCUUUUCGAAGGCUACUUGCCUUGCUUAGCUUCCUCUUGCUAAACAUGUUAAAAACCAUGCGGUCCUUUGUUAUCACUAGAUCUGCUUUUUGUAGUGACUGAAUAUUUUGUUAAUGCUACUGUUGAACUACAGAAAACUGAUGGUAUUGAACUAUUUCAAUGUUUUGUUUUAAACUAACUAAAAAUUCCAGAGUUUCAGUUGCUGUGAACAUUAAAAAUAAUAAAUGACUAAAUAAAGUGCAUAUGCAUACUAA